CCAGUCGGAGCGCCAGUCUGAGGGCCUCCGAGGCAGCAACAAGGCGGGCGCGGCGCGGCGGGGCGGGAGGGGACAAGAUCAGGGCAGGAGGCAAGCUAAUCGCAAAGAGUCCCGCACAUCCAGCAAAAUGUUGUCCUGGCGGCUGCAGACGGGCUCCGAAAAGGCCGAGCUUCAGGAACUCAAUGCUCGGCUUUAUGAGUACGUGUGCCGGGUGCGGGAGCUGGAGCGCGAGAACCUGCUGCUGGAGGAGGAGCUGCGCCGCCGGCUGAGCCAAGAAAACCUCUGGAUCGAGGACCAGACGCGCUUCGCCGAGGAGGCGCGCAACCUGCGGCAGCAGCUGGACGAACUGAACUGGUCCACAGCGCUGGCCGAGGGCGAGCGCGACGCGUUGCAGAGAGAGCUGCGGGAGCUGCAGCGAGAGAGCGCGGAAGCCAGCGCUGCCCGCAGCCGCCUGGACGCGGAGCUAAGCGCGGAGCGGCGGGAGCUGGAGGAGGCCCUGGGAGCACGCGCCGCCCUCGAAGCGCUGCUGGGCCGGCUGGAGGCUGAACGCCGCGACCUGGACGCGGUCCACGAGCGCCAAGUGCGGGAGCUCCGUGCCCGCGCCGCCAGCCUCACCAUGCACUUCCGAGCCCGUGCCACCGGCUCCGCGGUGGCCCAGCCGCGCCUGCAGGACGUGCACGACAGCUACGCGCUCCUGGUGGCCGAGUCGUGGCGGGAGAAUGUGCAGCUGUACGAGGACGAGGUGCGCGAGCUGGAACAGGCGCUGCGCCGCGGCCAGGAGAGCCGGCGCCAGGCGGAGGACGAGGCCCGGCUGUGCGCGCAGGAGGCGGAUGCGCUGCGGAACCAGGCGCUGGAGUUGGAGCAGCUGCGCGCUCGGCUGGAGAAUGAGCUGCUGCGGAUGCAAGAGGAGUACGGGAUUCAGGCCGAGGAGCGGCAGAGAGUGAUUGACAGCCUGGAGGACGAGAAAGAAGCCCUUACCUUGGCCAUGGCCGACCGGCUGCGGGAGUACCAGGAGCUUGUGCAGGUGAAGACUGGCCUCAGCUUGGAGGUGGCCACCUACAGGGCCUUGUUGGAAGGGGAAAGCAACCCGGAGAUACUGAUCUGGAGGAAGGACAUUGAAAACAUGCCGCAAGAGUCCAGAAAUGCAUCCUACCGCUACACCAGCUCAGUCAUUCAGAGGAAAAAUGAGAAAAAUCUAUUUCCCAGGCAAAAAACACCGUGGGCAGCUGUAAAUCAUAGCUCAGCUCUGUAUUCUACAAGGCCAGGGCACCUUGAAUCACAGACAACCACGGCUGUUGAGAGUAGAAGGGGCUUCCUGACCUCUGGGUAUUCUUCCUCGGCUACAACCCUGCAGCAAAAAUCCCUGGAGAAAACUGCCAGCGGUCAAGCCAGUCUCAGGCCUGCUGUUCCAACUCCCAGCCUUCUGAGAAACACGGAUGCUCAAGUGAAAACAUUCUCUGAUAGAUCCAAAGUUGAAGGCACCAGGGACACCCCCAUACGGGUGACCACAGAGUCCAUUGUCACCAGAGAGUCACACAAAGAUCACCGGGGCAACAUGGCGGCAGGUGCCAUGAACAACGCUCAGUCAAAUGACAGAACUGUCAUUUUGGGAAAGAAAUUAGAAGUGAAAACCACUGGGGAACAAGAAAGGGACAGAUCGGGAGUCGUCAAAUUAAAGCCAGAAGAGAAGAUGUUUGAUUCUAAGGAGAAGGGCUCAGAGGAAAGAAACUUGAGAUGGGAAGAACUGACCAAGUUAGACAGAGAUGCAAGAGCGAGAGAAAACCAGCAGAGGGACGAGCCCAAAGAGAAGAAAUCACCGAAGGAGAGAAGUGUGAAGGAAAGGGAGGUGCCCAUCAGUCUAGAAGUAUCCCGGGGCAGCAGAUCAGAAGUGUCCACGAAAAACUUGUUGUCAUCCGGAAGGAAGGAUGCUGGCGACAAUAGGGGAAGAGCGGCAGAAAUGAAAGAGACCAAGUUCCGGUUGGAUACCCAGGAUGCUGCCGGUUCCCUGCAAAGUGAUUCUAGGACGGAGACCAUAGCCGAAAACAUUGUCACCACCAUCCUUAAGCAGUUCACUCAAGCUCCAGACGCUGAAGGGAAGGACAGCUCUUUGCCGGACACGAAGGUCACUUACGUGGACAGGAAAGAACUCCCCGGCAGUGGGAAAACCAAGACAGAAAUCGUGCUGGAGUCGAAGCUGACGGAAGACGUUGAUGUUUCUGAUGAAGCCGGCCUGGAGUACCUUUUAAGCAAGGAGGUCAAGGAAGUGGGACUGAAGGGCAAGUCAGCCGAGAAGAUGAUAGGAGAGAUGAUCAACGUUGGUCUGAAAGGAAGGGAGGGGAGAGCCAAAGUCGUCAAUGUGGAGAUCGUGGAAGAGCCCGUGAGCUACACCGGUGGUGGGACAGCAGAGUUUCCUACCCCCUUCCAUGUGGAAGAAGUCGAUGAUGUGUCUCCCAGCCCCAAAGGCUUUGUUGAGGAAGAGGAUGGUCAUGAAGAGACCCAUGAGGCAUUCUCGGUGCCUCACCGUCAAAGGACCAAGCAGCCCCAGGGGAGCAUCCCUCACGUGGAAGAAGUGACGGAGGCAGGUGACUCAGAGGGAGAGCAGAGUUACUUUGUGUCUACCCCAGAUGAGUACCCUGGAGGACAUGACAGAGAAGAUGAUGGCUCAGUGUACGGGCAAAUCCACAUAGAAGAAGAGUCCACCAUCCGGUACUCGUGGCAAGAUGAAAUUGUGCAGGGGCCUUGGAGAAGGAAAGCAAGAGAUGACACGGAGAAAGAGAAGCACGUGAAGGUCCUGGAGGUUCCAGCACCUUCCCUGGGUGGUGCCGUUGGUUCUGCCCACUUGAAGGAAGAAGCUAGUGGCGAAUUGCACGCGGAACCCACAGUCAUUGAGAAAGAAAUCAAAAUACCACAUGAAUUCCAUACCUCCAUCAAGGGUGUCUUCUCCAGCGAGCCCCGGCACCAGAUGGCGGAGGUCAUCGGGCAGCUGGAGGAAACCUUGCCUGAGCGCAUGAAGGAGGAGCUGUCUGCUCUGACCAGACCGGGUCAGGGAGAGCCAGGGAGUGUCUCCGUGGACGUGAAGAAAGUCCAGAGCGCUACUAGUGGUUCUGUGACCUUGAUGGCUGAAGUCAAUCUCUCACAGACUGUGGAUGCAGAUCAGUUAGACCUGGAGGAACUGAGCAGAGAUGACGCUGGGGAGAUCGAGAGGGCCGUGGAGUCGGUGGUAAGAGAGAGUUUGACCAAGCGCUCCAGCCCAAUGCCUAGAAGCCCAGACAGGGAAGAUGGAGAGGAGGAGGUGUCUGCUGGGGGCACUCUCUUCAAGCGCUGGGCCACCAGGCAACUGUAUAGCCCAUCUGGUGAGAAAGAGGAUGCUGACUGGUCCCCUCACAGCUCAGAUCAGCGCGUUACCCAGGGCCCGGUGUCGGCCACCGUGGAAGUCACCAGCCCAACAGGUUUUGCACAGUCUCAUGUGCUAGAAAAUAUAAGCCAGUCUGUAAGGCAUGUUAAACUAGGCCCCACAGAAAUGUGGGGGGCUGAGCAGGCGUCCUACGGAGGACCCGCCGCACAGGUGGUGGAGGUAAGUGGGAACUUCCGUGAGGCAGCCAGCUCUGAGGGAACUAGCCGCUCUGUGAGGCACGUUACACUGGGUCCCCAUCAAAGUCACGUGUCCACCGAAAUCACCUUCCAAGGCUCUCUGCCUACCUGGCGGGAGGCAGGAGGUACAGGAGAGCCUGGCCCAGCAGAACCGUCUGAGGAAGCAGACAUAUCCAGGAACCACAGAAUGUCUGACUCUGAGCAGUUUCAUGUAGAAAAGGAAAUUCAUUUUCUGGGUCCUGUUUCUGGGGCAGCCCAGGUUGGUGGUAGCUUUGCGACUGAAGAGUUGGUGGGCACCCAGACUUUCGUUAGGCAUCUCCAGUUAGGCCUUAAAGAAGGGCUCAGAGAGGAAAUCCAGUUCGUAGCUCCCAUCUCGGACAAAGUGGAGUGGAGGGUCGAAGAGGAUUCUGGGAACACCCAAGUGUCUCUAGGGAGGAGUACUUCUAUCCAGCACAUUGACAUUGGGCCUCAGAGGCACCAAACCUCCAAGUUGAUAGCCCCACAGACACUGGAGUUUAGGGCCUCAGAAGGUGUGGUCCUUGUGGAGGGCUCGGCAGGUAUGACCCAGGCCACUCACAGUGUCACCUCGGGUAGAGAAAUCUUCGGGAACAAAGAGAAUACAUUCCAAACAGUCAUUCCUGAGUUCCCUCCAGGCAGUGCGGGGGACACAGGAGCAGAGGGGACAGCAGGCACCAGCAGAUCCUUUAAACACAUUCAGAUAGGACCUUCAGAGAAGGGACCCUCUGAACGCUUUGUCAUCCGUGGACCCCUGUCUAAAACAUUUGUGCUCGAUGGCUCGGCGGCCUCCCCUGAGCUAGGUGGGGUAGCUGGUGACAGAAGCACACUAAGUCCCAUUGCACCAGGGCCCAAAGAAACCUCAUUUACCUUUCAGAUGGACGUGAGUAACACAAGAGCCGUCCGCAGCUGGACCCGAGACGCAGGGUCAGAAGUGGAAGCUCGCAGUGUGUCUGAGCAUGGUGGCUGGAGAACCGCUCACAGUAGGAACGAGCAGGCAGCCACCAUGAGCUCUGAGGCCUCCGCUGGGGAUGAGAAAGGCACGGAGCAGGCUGGAGUUGACAAGACUGUGCAGCCGCAGAGAAUGGUAGACCAAAGGUCGGUGGCUUCCGACGAGAAGAAAGUGGCCCUUGUCUAUCUAGACAACGAGGAGGAGGAGGAUGAUGGGUGGUUUUGAUUAAGCAGAACGAUCUUGUCUUAAAUGGCACUUUGGAAACAUAUUGCUAUUCAAAGCCUUUAACGUACCAAUAUACAAAGCCUCUACUAACUGUACGGAGGAGGGGGAGGCUGGGUAUCAAUACCUUUAUUUAGAGAACCCUAGGCCGAGUCGGUUUGCUUUAGAAUUCAUUUGUAAAGGUUUGAGAUCGACUCUGGCCUUUUAAGGCUUUGAGAUUUUACAAUUGAGUUGGGACUUCGGCAGAUACUUUUUCAUCUUUUUAGUCUUAAAAAGUUCCUUUCUCUAAGGCUUUCUCUCCACGUGCGGGGAGAGUUUGUGCGAGUUUUGCACCAGGUCACAGGCGUGACUUAUUACUACUGUGCGCUACUGUUUAUCUGAAGCAAGACACCUUAACAUUAACCAGAUUAAAAUAAUAUGCUUAAGGGUAGGUUUUGUUUGCAUGUGCUAAUAUCAAACAGUAAACUAACACUGGGAAGGAAAAAUACAUAAAUUUUUCUCUUUCCUAAGUCUUUUCAAAAAGAAAUUAUAGAAGGAUUGGAGAGAUGGCCCAGUGGUUAAGAGCCUGCACUGCUCUUGCGGAGGUCCUGAGUUCAGUUCCCAGCACCCACAUCAGGCGGCUCACAUCCACCUGCAACUCCUGCUCCAGGGGAUCCGAUGUCCUUUUUGGCCUCUGUAGGCACCCGCACUCAUGUGCACAUAUCUACACACACACACACACACACACACAUACACACACACACACACACAAAUAAAAACAGAAAUAAAUUUUAGCCAGGCAGGGCAGUGGUGGUGCAUGCCUUUAAUCCCAGUACUCAGGAGGCAGAGGCAGGCAGAUCUCUGUGAGUUCAAGUCCAGCCUGGUCUACUGAGUCAGUUCCAGGACAGCCAAGGCUACAUAGAAAAACCCUGUCUUAAAAAACAAAACAAAGAAAUGUUAUAGAGUAAUAAACAAGACUAUGUUUCAAAAAAAAUCUACUAGAUGAUUUAAUAAACAGCUACUUAUCAGAGAUUUAAAAUUAAUUUCAAAUUGAAUAACUUGCUUUCUAUGCAUAGAACUUUAGAAAAAGGAAGGCUGAGAGUUCUCUCUGGAAAGCACAGCUGUGGUCUCUUGUUGGCGGUUCAGGUCACGUGACUGUCCUGAUUGUACAGAUGUGUCAGCAUGACCACAGGCACGGCCAGCUGAGGAUGAGGACUGCUAACGGCAUAGUCUCCAGUUGGUCUUUACAGUACUAGGCUGUGAGAUAGCAGGACACCUUUUGUGCUGACCCGAGCCCUGGGGAAGCUCCUCCUACUAGAGCAGCAGUUCCUGUGGGUUGUGACCCUUUUGGGGGUCAAUGACCCUUUCACAGGGGUCACCUAAGACCAUUGGAAACCACAGACUCUUGCAUUGUGAUGGAUAACAAUAGCAAGAUGGCAGUUCUGACGUAGCAGUGAAAAUAAUUUUAUGGUUGGGGGGGGGUCACCACAACAUGAGGAACUGUAUUGAAGGGUCGCGGCAUUAAGAGGAGUGAGGACCACUGGGCUAGGCCCUGUGUUCUGAGCCGCUUUGUGCUGUAACCUUUAUGACCAGAACAUUGGCUCUCACUGGGAAGAGGCAGCUGUGUAGGCAGUGAAGGGAGUACAGAUGUUUAGCCUGCAGCUGGACUGGCAGGGACACAGAAGCACAAAGCAGCUGGUGCCUCCCGAGUAAGUCAUUCUGAACUCACCUCUCGUGGGCUGGAGGUCUUUCUGAGCUCCUGGAAUGAAGGAUUUAAAAAAGCAGCAGCCAUAUACAAACCUCAGAGAAGCUUUUUGCACUUUGAACAGAAAAGUACGAGGGUGGGGGUGGGGGGAUUUAACUGUUUAGGGGAAGGAACCAAGAGCCCCCCAUGCAACCAUGCAAUCUAUCAUCCAGGACUGGUUCUGUCCAAUGACAAAGGCCACAUGGACCACAAAAUCAUGGGCCUGAAACUGGGCACCACUGGGUUUAAUAGGAUGAUAUGCUCAUUUGGAAUUGUUCCUUUAUAUGUGGAUAUUGUUUUUAAGACCCCCAAUGCUGAAGAUCCAGCAUCACAUAAAAGUGGCCUUCGGCGCGGCGUUCUGUGAGUUUAGAAUAGCAGCUCUGAUAGGGCUGAGCCCUGCUUUUGAACCCAGCCCACAGACCUGCCUGUAGGGCACCGAGCAAGACGGAUCCGAGGUGAUGCCAUCUUCGGGAGGGGAGGAGUGUGGUACAGGAAGGCCUCCCUCCCUGUGUGCCUGUCUCACAGGGCGCAUCUCCCGCUCUGGCUCCAGCAGCUGGGCGGAGGAGAGUGAGGUUUUUUCAUUGCUGAGUAGAAGAGAAAUGCAGCAUGGCUUAAGAUGAUCUGCUUCUCAAACGCCUUGCAUCAGGGUCCAGGAAGAGAGCAAUUUGAACGGGAGAUUUAAGCCUUUGUUUACCCAUAAAGAUGAACUCAUGGCUGUCAGCCUGACCCAGAAGUCACUGCCUUGGCCUCUGUCAUUUCGAAUACCGUCAGAGAUGGGCUGUUGGAUUUUUGCCGUAAUCGGCAAGUCUGAGUGAGUUAUUAGGAUGUGGUUGAGGUGACAGCCUCGGUGUAAUGACAUGAGACAGAGUGACGAUGUCGAGUUUAUGAUGAGUCUAAGUCUAAGUCUAAGUGGGCUUAGGUGGGCGCCAUCGUCUUAGUCCAUGAACUUGCACGUGGAUGCUAGUAUGAGCAGGGUGUCAAUAUCAUGGCCACUUUUACUCAAUUUGAAAAAAAAAAAAUAAAGGCCUUAGUGUUAACUAGUCAUUUUCAUUGCUAAAGCUGGAAUGCACAACGAGGCAGGUUCUGCUCGGAGUAUUUACCAGAAUGGAGGAAUCCUCAGCUGUCAUUGGUUACUGGGUAUCCGGGUCACUAAGGGCAGGGCUCUCACCCUGAUGUUAUUGUAGCAGCUGUGUAGGCAGUGAAGGGCGCAUAGACACUGCAGCUGACGUCUAAAACCUCCCUGCAGGUUUCUGAGCCCAGUCAGUCUGGAGUCAGAUCAGCACUGUGGUAGGGCAGGGAGGGUGGGGCCACGCCCAGGCUCUCCCACAAGACGCUGAAUGUUUCUCGGUUUUCCACUGGUUGUUUUGAUAGUUUAUUUAAAGUGUUUAUUUAGAAUUACCUAAGAAGCUUAUUUUUGCUAACCUCCUGUUCCCUGCAAAGGGACCUGUCACAAGAAUGUGUGGAAAUAAAGAUAUGAGGGGGGGAAAAAUAUCAGCAUCGUUCCUAAAGAGAAUGUCUUCCGGCCGGUUUUGUGUGGUUCUUUCAGACUCGAGUGAAAGCCAACCUGGGUUUCUGUCCAUGUUCCCAUGGUAGCCCUGAGUUAUUAGAAAGGUCACGGAUGGAAACUUCAGUUCUCCAGUUCCCCUGAGAGUAGAACACUGUAUUGUAGGCACAGACUAGAGAGCGUGCAGUAACUAGCUUGUCUCCAAGUGGGGACUUGACAAUUGGCACUAAAAUGUCAUCACAGCCUGGAAGACGGUUGGCCAGCAGGAGGAAACAGCUACCCAUUCUGCCCGGGAUGGAGGAGGGUGCCAAGGUACAGUUAUUCAGCGCUAAAACCAGCGUUGUCUUGGACAGGAGCUGGACAGCUGGUUAACUCAAAACACAGUUUGUAAGGUUACCCAUGGCCAUUUCUCAGUAUCUUGCCAAAAAAUAAAAUAAAUCUAGCAGCUUAAAACAGAGAAGCGGGUGACUGUUUGUUGUCGGUCUAUAAUCUAGUCUUUUAUCAACACAAAUGAAAACGUGAAUGGUUGUAAUUUCUUCUCUCUGGUGGGAGCUAACGGCACAGGUGGGGACAUGAGAGCAUUCACUGUGUUGGUUACUUCUCUGCUGCUGGGAUGAAAACAGUGACUCAGAGCGACCUGGGGAGGAAAAGGCUCAUUUGACUUCCCUGCACAGAUAGUAGCCCAUCACUGAGGGAAGCCAAGGCAACCACUCAAGCAGCCCAGGAACCUGGAGGUAGGAGCUGAAGCAGAGGCUGUGGGAGAAGGUUGCUUCCUGGCUUGCUGUCCAUGGCCUGCUCAGCCUGCUUUCUUAGAUAACGUUGGACUACCUGCCCAGGGGUGGCAACACUCACAUCAGUUAUUAAUCAUAGACAUCCCCCACAGACAUGCCUGCAGAUCAGGUCAUGGAGGCAUUUUCUCAACUGGGAUUCCCUCUUCCAGAUGAAUCCCCCUACCCGCUUUGCACCAAACUGACAAAAGCAAAAGCAAAUAAAUAACAAAGUAACCAGCACCCUCACUGUUUCCACUGCUCCUGGGGGCAGGAAUUCACGUUUAAAAAGGAGGUUGUUCUCUGUGAUUCUAACAUACAUCCCAAGAAAUUCAGAGAGCAUGAAGUAACAGAUCAGACACCAUGUGUCUCUGGGUGUGCUGCUGCAUGGCUUCAGCAACACGUUUAUUCCCGAGUUCUCCAGUUCUGAGACUGCAAGCCAGGAAUGCUAACGAAUUUGCUUCUGCUAGGUAAGUGCUUGCUUCCUGACUCAUAGACAGCCGCCUUAGAGUUGUCUUCAGGGAGCAGGGAGAGAGAUUGCUUCUCUUGGUCCACUUUAUAAGGGCGUUGCUCCUACCUACCUGCGCCCCCACCCCUGCUGCCACAGUCUAUCUCCAGAUGUCAUUACUGGGGGGUUAAGGCUUCAGACAUAAACUUUCAGGGACAAGGAAGCCCAUGGCAGCCUCUGUUUUUAAAAUGCUUUUCCCACUAGCUGUGUUGAAGCACAUGUCUUCAGCUAGCUAGGACACUCUAGGUGGCCACAAAUGAUUUUGUACCUUGCUGCCAUCCCACAGGCCUGAGGCUGGGGAGAAGAGCUAUUAGCCCGCUGAGCUGCCACACUCCUGAGGAAGACAAGGGCCCUGCUUUCGCCCUUUAACCCUUUAACAGCCAAGCUGCUUUUGUACCUACCUUAUCUCCAGCUUGAAUUCAUUCUUUCCCCCACUAAUUGCCACAUCUUUCAUGUCUUCUGCUCCACAUGUUGCUUUCUCUGGAUAAGGACUACACCACACCUGAAUGCUCUCCUUCCUAAGGGUUUCCUCCGCCAGACACACUAGUCCAUUACCUUUAAAUUUAGGCUCAUGUGAGCUCUUGGAACACGGGCUGAAUGCAGACUGUCUGUUAUAAUGUGGAACAGAAGGCCUUUUGUCCAGGUCCUUCUAGAGCCCUAUUGUCCUCUAUUGUCAGGAUCUGUCCUAGCAUCUUGGUCUUCUGGAAUCCCACCAGGAUGCUCCAUUGAGAUCUGCGCUCAGUACUCAACUAUGUUCAUAGCAGCACUGUUUGUCAUAGCCAGAACCUGGAAACAACCUAAAUGUCCCUCGACUGGAGAAUGGAUAAGGAAAAUGUGGUACAUUUACACAAUGGAGUAAUACACAGAAGAAAAAAAAUAAUGACAUCUUGAACUUUGAAGGAAAAUGGAUGGAGCUAGAAAACAUUAUUGUGAGUGAGGUAACCCAGGCACAGAAAGACAAUUAUCACAUGUACUCACUCAUACGUGGUUUUUAAACAUAAAGCAAAGAAAACCAACCUAUAAACCACAAUCCCAGAGAACUUAGACAACAAUAAGAACACUAAGAGAGACUUACAUUGAUCUAAUCUACAUGGGAAGUAGAAAAAGACAAGAUCUCCUGAGUAAAUUGGGAGCAUGGGGACCUUGGGGGAGGGUUGAAGUGGGGAGGGGAAAGGCAGGGAAGGGAGAAGAGAAAAAAUGAAGAGCUCAAUAAAAAUCAAUUUAAAAAAAUGUGCACAAAUUAAAAAAAAUCUGCGUUCAGCAUGCCACAGGCUCUCUUGCCCUUAUUUCUAAACUUUCCAUAGUCUUCCUGCAAACCAGUUCCAAACACCCAAGAGCCACAGUCAGGCCUCCCACAGCAGUGGAGCCGCUCCAAAUGCCCAUCUUUCGCGUUAUUUUCCUCACUGCUACAAUCAAACAACCAACAAGAAGCAAAAGGGUUUAUUUUGGCUUUUAGAUGGAAGGGAUGUAUGUGCGUGCACAUGUGUGUGUUCACGUGCAUGAAUGCUUGUCGCGCGUAUGCGUGUGUGUGCAUGUGUAUGUACUUUCUCUGUGUGUAUAUAUAUAAAUACACACACAUAAUACAUAAUAAUAUGUUACAUACAUAAUACAUACAUAAAUACAUACACACCAUGGUGGGGAAGGUAGGUUGCCGAAGCACCAGGCAGAGAGACAGAGUCUGCAGUCAGGAAGCAGAGAGUAGAUAGAAAGUAGGGCUCAGGCCAACGAAACCUCAAGGCCAAAAUCCAAUGACCCACUUCAUCCAACUAGACCCUUGCCUCAAGAGCAGUGGGGGCCAAGCGUUCAAACACGAGUCUAUGAGGGGCAUUUCACUUUCAAACCAUAACCAGCUUCGUGAAGCCCAGGCAUGCGCUCUGGCAUAGAGCCACAUCGCCCACUCCAGUCUUCAUUUUAAACACACAAAUUGACAAUAGCACAAGUUUCUCUUUAUUGGCAUUUUCUUCUCGGUCCCUAUUACUUUCCUCUAAGGAAGGCAUGUGCAGUCUUGCUACCCCAGAGGCGGCUCUGGACUACGCAGGGGCUCUACCUGCAAUCAGGGGCAGUCUCUUUCCUGCAAGGAAGCUUCAACUUCGGAAGAGUCUUUCCGACACGGUAGAGAUGAUGAGGGACAUUCUCCUUGGUGAGAGAAAUUAUCCAAGUGACAAAAAAAAAAAAAAAAAAAAAAGCAAAA